GCAAAAAACCACGGCAGAAAUCUCUGCAAAGACUACCAUGGCAAAGAACUAUAGCAGAAAUAUCUGCAAGAACUACUAUGGCAAAAACCACAGCAAAAAUAUUGCAAAAAUCAUGGCAAAAAGACCACGGUAUAAAUAAUACAAAAAUCAUAGCCAAGACUACUCUUAUAACAACCACUACUAUAAUCACAGUGACACAAUUGCAAUUACAGCAACAACCAUCUUCACAGCAACAACUAUAA